GUUAGUAUUGGAUUAGUUGUUUAAAUCAUGUUGGGUAGAUUAGACUAUAAAAAGAAACAAAACAAAACAUAAAGUCAACAAUCGAAAUAGUCUAUAGACCACCCAGAUUCAAGCGAGACAGAGAUUAGUCUAGCUACCAGUUGAUCACGCCCCGGGUUCAGACGUUCAAGUGGACAAGCUGCGUGCGUUGGGCUGGCCAAGUCAUUUGGUGCAUGGCAUGUCUUAUCGGCGCUAGCCUAGCCUACCUGGGGACCAACCCAACAGUGAGGCAGGCGAUGAGGAGGAGAGUGGGGGUUCCAAGAGAUCUAUUCAUCACCAAGGGGGAAGGUGUACUUCAUUCAGUAUGCCACCACUAUGAGUAGAGUAUGUUAUGAGUAGAAGAACAUUGACAUUCUCUGUAAAGAAAACAACUGCUUGGUACUAUUGGUCUACAUUUGGAGGGUGGUAAAAACUGCAAUUUAUUUGUUAAUUAGAUGAAGCAGUCCUAUAAUAGCCAGUGUGGAAGUGUAGACAUGUUUGAUAACUCGCAGUAUCCAUAUAACUGCUUCAACUAUGAUGGAGAUGGAUACCCUUCCUGCAGCACGGAUGAAGACAAGAAGAUGUGUCGACCCGCUUACAGUUACAUAGCAUUGAUAGCCAUGGCCAUCCAGCAGAGUCCAGAGCACCGGGUCACCUUGUCAGGGAUCUACGAGUUCAUCAUGAAACGCUUUCCAUACUACAGGUCUAACCAGAGAGCAUGGCAAAACUCCAUACGACACAACCUCUCUCUCAACAGCUGCUUCAUUAAGGUUCCCCGUACGGAGGGAAACGAGAAGGGGAAAGGCAACUACUGGACAUUCGCCACUGGCUGUGAGUCCAUGCUUGACCUCUUCGAGAACGGCAACUUUCGGCGUCGCCGGCGCCGACGCAACAUGAAAAUGGGUUUCAGAGAGCCUGGGGAGCCUUUCCUCCCAGUAGACAAUAACAAGAACAAUAACAUCAACAACCAACACGGCGGCUCCACCCGGCGGUCCGAUCCUAACCCUAACCCCAAACCAGACUCCUUCUGCCCCAUCAGCCCUGACCACAGACCAGGUCACCACACCCCCCUCAACCCAAACCAGCAGGAUAAACCAGAACCGGAGAUUAAAUUCAGUAUUGACUACAUCCUCUCCACUCCCAACCCCCCUCUGCCAGGCUUCAGACCUCCACGUAGUGGUACAACAGUGGCCCCCAUAAACGCUCUGGAGCCCCAACACCUGAACCUGCACUUCUGGACCAUGUGAGUGUCAUAGCCUUGCCUAUAAAGAGAGAUACUUCAUCUGAAAGACUGGAUGGUUUUUCCUCCAUAUCUGAAUUAGGAAAUUAAACGAUCCAAAGACUGCUUCCUUGUGCAAGGGGAGAUUUGAUUGACUUGUCCUGUAAAUAAAGAAUAUAGAGAGGUCCAGUAUUGUGCAAUGGAUCCUAGCUGAUUAUACUAAAUGUACAUCACUCUACACUCAAAUGAAGCUUGUACAGUGUUCAUAGUCUUGUCCCAAGGCAUAAAGGCUUACAUAAAGCUGUAUUCAUAAAGGAGGAUGUUCUGUUAUGAAGGUCUGUGAAAAUAAGUUUUCACCUAUAUUAUAUCGUUACUAUUUUAAGGACAGAAAUAAAUACACUGAGUAUGCUGACUGUAUGAGAAAGCUGAUAAAACUGAAGGCAGGGUGACCUGUGACUUCAUCAUCAUCAUAACCAGUAUCAAUAUUAAAAGAUAACAAUCUCAACAAUUGUUUUGGUUGGUGAAAGUGUCAAAGCAAUGAACAAGGUGAAGUGUACAUGUCACAAGCUGGUGCUCAGCCCCGUCAAUCCUUAUUGUUGUGAUUUAAGGCAAUUAUCAUGGGGUUAAUCAACCCAGGCCCUCUCCAAACCUCCUAAUCUUUCCCCAUGACCUUUUCAAUUCCCCUGAGACUGACACAUUCCACAUUUCAUCCAGACAUAUUAGAAUACAUUAUAUACAUAUAUUGUAUGAAGGAGACUAAAACAUGGGGUCUACACCGCUAACAUUUAUUUCCCUGUUAGGAGAAGGGAUAUCAAUCAUAGCAGGGUUUCUCUUGCUUGUUUGAAGGGACAAUUUUCAAUUUAACCUUUAUAUUAUGCCGUGACUGCAUCAUUCAGGACAGGAGGGGUUUCAACAGAACACAACAACACACUUAACAUGAGUGGCAUUUAAUAUAGCAUUACACUUGCAAGGUGAGACCGAGAUGUGACCCUAGUCAAAUAUAAGAAGGGGGCCGUGCUGCCGUAACAACACUGCCACAACUCACCCCCGCCCGGCCUGACGCAAUUAUAAUUAAACACACCGGCGUAUGCUUCCUUUCAAAUCCUGUGAUCGAUCAAUGAUAUUAACAUUCAUACCUGCUUGGCCCUCCAGCCAACGUCUAGCACCACCACUGUUAUGGAUCAGUAGGUUUCCAUUAACUAAGCUGUUGAUGUAAGGUGGCGCUGUGGAUGUAUUUGGGUAAAUUAACUUAGCAUAAAGUGCUGCAAGGCUGGGUCUGCUUCUGCGUCGGGUUUGUAUUGAGACACCAAAGAGAAAAUACACAUACAGGAGAGAAGUACUAUUAUUGUGUCCUAGAAUGGCCUCUAUUAAAUGACCGUUCCAAAUUCCAA